AUGGCGCCCAGGACUCGCAAGAGGACGUCGAUGGGCGCGUCUAAGAAGGGUACUAACGACCUGCAGCGAAAGAUCAAGGUCGUGACCGACCAGCAUGUCAUCGACAAACCCUCGCCCGUGGCCGAGUUCCCCAUGAGAGAAUGGAGCAUGCGGCUGCACAUUCUGGAUGAGGAUGGCAAUGAGCGGCCUGCCGACGUCUUCACCAAGGUCGUCUAUCACCUACACCCCACGUUCGAGAACCCUAUUCAGACUUUUACCAAGCCACCCUUUACCUGCACAAACGAGGGUUGGGGCGAGUUUGAAAUCACCAUCGACUGCUUUACGACGGAGAAGACGAAGCUAGCGCCCAUUACCCACGACCUCAACUUUAUCAAGGAAAACUACGAGGCGACUCACACAGUCGUGUUCAAGAACCCGUCUCAGGCCCUGCAGGAACGCCUGCGCGAGACGGGGCCGCUGCCCACGGACGAGGACCGCCCCAAGAAGAAAGGUCUUGCCGCCAAGAAGGGGGCGCAAAAAUUUGACUACGAAAAGAUUGCCGAGGCCCUGGAGAAGCUCGGGGAGGAGGACCUGCUGCGCGUCAUACAGCUCAUCAACGAGAACAAAGGGCCCGACACGUACAUCCGGAGCGAUGUGGAAGCCGGCGAGUUUUCCAUCGACCUGUACACGAUGCCCGACAUGUUGACGACGAAACUCUGGGAGCAUCUGUCCAAGAAAGGCCUCGUGAGCUAG